UCGAGUAUGGCCCCCCAAAUAUCGAAGCUGAGGUUUGAAGACAAGGAUUGGGGUAUAGUGUGUUUGAGGAAACGCCUCGUCGGCAAUAUUUUGAUUUAUCAGGCUUCAUAUUAAUUAGUUAGAGACAACUUCUUCCGCACCCCGUCCAAGUCUGUAUGCAAAGAAGUUCCUACUUAUCGUUAUAUUCUACUCAUUUUUAGGAGUAUACUAUAUCUUAAUAUUAUAAAUAAUGCAGCAGUCGGCAGGUCUCGAGGUUGUCGCUGAACUCCCUGGGGUUGAACCUAAACGAGUGGCAGUAUACCCUGAUCAAGGACCACAAUUCUGGGAGCCCUAUAAACAGCGACAGACUGAAAAGGAGCCUAGCAUUGCGCGACAUAUCUGUGGACUGAAAAGAACGACUUUCUGGAUCCUGUUCGCCGCGGCAUUACUUAUCAUAACCGCUGCUGCACUUGGAGGUGGACUAGGGGGUGGACUCUCACAUCGGGCACAGAACACAGAACAACAGCAAACAUCAAACCCCUCGACGUCAACUACAUCGACUUCCUCUACCAGCAUGAGCAGUACAACAUCCUCGGCCGCAAACCCAUCAGUCAUGGCGGCAGUCGGCACUAUUGACGGCCAGCCCGUAACUCUUUAUCGCGACUGCCCCUCUGCCAACGAUACGCAGUACUCCUUCCAGAUAGAUUCCACGACAUACAAGUUCCGGAAAUUAUGCAAUAUGCAGGCUCAGGUUACACAACAACACACAGCCUAUGUCAAUCAACGAACAGGCAGUUUGAACGACUGUAUCAACCUCUGUGCGACGUGGAAUGAGAAUAACGUCACCAAAAGCAAUGCAGGGCAGGUCUGUUCGUCGGUAUGCUGGCGGAAUGGCUUUGAGAAUGAUGACUUCCCCGGCCAAUGCUUUGGAUACACGGGCAAUAAUAUCUCGGCGCCUGGAGGGUUUGAUCUUCAGGUUGACAAUACCUGCGAUUCAGGCAUCUGGGUUAAUUAGACAUAAAAUGCAUUUCGUUUAGUGAACAGUCUUGUUGUAAUAAUACCAGUGACUCCUGUUUGGAUAACGGAAGGUGAAUAUACAAUAGCGCUUUGAUAAUUAUAA